GGGGCUUUCUUGCUCGUUAAUUCCGAGCCUGUAUAGAGUGCUGUUCCCCAGUCCGCCUCAAGAUGGCCGAUACUUAUUCGAAAGGCACGCGUGUCUGGUUUCCGGACAAAGAACUAGGAUGGAUUUCAGCCGAAGUCACCGCUGCAGUCAAGUCGGCGGCUGGGUCGUUGAAGCUGACAUUCGUCGAUGAUCGGGGGAAGGAAAUUGUAAUCGACACAACCGUCAAGGCUGCUCAGGGAGGUAAUGAGCAACUUCCUCCUCUUCGAAAUCCCCCUCUACUCGAGACCUGUGAGGAUUUGGCGACGCUAUCUCACUUGAACGAACCCUCCGUUCUCCACGCUAUUCAGCAACGAUAUGCUCAACAUAGUAUCUAUACAUAUUCCGGAAUUGUCCUUAUUGCUGUUAAUCCCUUCCAGCGCGUGAACUUGUAUGGGCCAGAAACAAUUCAAGCAUACACCGGUCGGAAGAAGGGCGAGCUUGAGCCCCAUUUGUUUGCCAUCGCCGAAGAUGCUCACACCAACAUGCGCAAGGAUCGCAUUGGGCAGACCAUUAUCGUAUCCGGAGAGAGUGGAGCUGGGAAGACAGAAUCCGCAAAGUUGAUUAUGCGUUUCCUUGCGUCUGUUAAUGGUUCCGAAGGGGAUGCCAAGCCUAAGACCAAGUCAUUAGAAGACUCUAGCGAGAUCGAGCGUCAGAUGCUUGCAACAAAUCCCAUCCUCGAAGCAUUUGGCAAUGCAAAGACUGCGAGAAACGAUAACUCUUCACGGUUCGGAAAGUAUCUCCAGAUCCUGUUUGAUAACAAGAACGAAAUUGUUGGCGCACGCAUACGGACAUACUUGUUAGAACGAUCUCGCCUGGUGUACCAACCAGAGACUGAGCGCAACUACCACAUCUUCUAUCAACUUCUUGCUGGAGCCCCCGCAAAGGAGCGAAAAGAUCUCGGUUUAGACGAUCUCUCCAAAUUUUUCUACCUCAACCAAGGCGGUCCUGGUGCAGUCACUGUGGACGGGAUUGACGACGCGGAGGAGUUUCGGGAUACUCAAGCAGCUCUCUCGACUGUCGGAGUCAGUGUGGAGAAGCAAUGGGCUGUGUUCCGCCUCCUCGCUGCCUUGCUCCAUCUCGGCAACAUCAAAAUAAACGCUAUGAGAAAUGACUCUUCGAUAGACGAUCAUGAUACUUCUUUAGUCCUUGCUACGAGGCUAUUAGGACUUUCCCCCGUCGAGUUCAAGAAGUGGACGACUAAGAGGCAAAUCAAUACACGUAAUGAGAAGAUCGUUUCGUCACUGAAUGCUGCUCAAGCGACGAUUGUCCGUGACAGCGUUUCAAAGUUCAUCUAUGCAUGUCUCUUCGAAUGGCUCAUCUCGAUGGUGAAUGACAGUCUCGCAGGCGAGGAUGGCCAGGGAGCCCUUCUUGCUGAGUCAUUCAUCGGCGUACUCGAUAUUUACGGAUUCGAACACUACCCCUAUAAGGCCCCAUCAAGAGGUGGCGGGGGACCCCCCACGAUCGCAAACUCAUUCGAACAAUUCUGUAUUAACUAUGCAAACGAGAAACUUCAGCAAGAGUUCAAUGCCCACGUCUUCAAGUUAGAACAGGAGGAGUAUGUUCGAGAGCAGAUCAAUUGGACCUUCAUAGAUUUCUCCGAUAAUCAGCCUUGCAUCGACGUUAUCGAAGGCAAGCUGGGUAUCUUGUCUCUCCUCGAUGAAGAAUCUCGGCUGCCAGCAGGAACUGAUGCUUCCUUCAUAACGAAACUCAUGAACCAGUUGGCGACUGCGACCCACAAAGAUGUCUUUAAGAAACCACGAUUUGGGAAUACGGCCUUUACGAUCGCGCAUUAUGCCAUUGAUGUCACUUAUGAAGCUGAAGGAUUUAUUGAAAAGAAUCGGGAUACUGUUCCCGACGAACAUCUCGCUCUACUAGCGUCGACCAAAAAUUACUUCUUCAAAGAGGUUCUGGAUGCUGCCCUUGCUUCUGUGAAGCCCCCAGAUGCUGUUCCACAAUCCCCCGCUGUAUCAGAUUCCGGCAGCACCGCGUCAAGACGGUCCUCCGUAAUCCCUGAUCCUGGUCGGUUGUCAUUUUCCGCUGCCAGUGGACGCGCCGGCUCGCCAUCGGGUGGCUCAGGGACGAAGCGGGGUGUUGGCCCGGGUGCCAUUGCAAAGAAGCCGACACUUGGAACCAUUUUCAAGAACUCCCUGGCGAGUCUCAUGGACACCAUUGGCAUGACAAAUGCCCAUUACAUCCGUUGCAUCAAGCCCAACGAACAGAAGAGGGCCUGGGAGUUCGCCCCUCAGCAGGUUCUGAGCCAGUUGCGUGCUUGUGGUGUUUUGGAAACCAUCCGUAUCAGCUGUGCUGGAUACCCAAGUCGGUGGACAUACGAAGAGUUCGCUGAACGGUAUUAUAUGCUCCUUCAUUCUUCGAAAUGGCGCCUAGCUCCAGACACCACGACCUUAUGUAACGAAAUUCUUAGAGCUACUAUCCCGGACUCAGACAAGUUCCAGUCAGGGUUGACGAAGAUUUUCUUCCGGGCGGGUAUGCUUGCUGCACUUGAGUCGUUGCGAUCGAAGCGUCUCGCCGAGCUUGUCACCUUGAUUCAGAAGAAUGUGAAACGACGCCUUGCCCAACAAAGGUAUCAACUGAUGAGAAGAUCUGCAAUUAAGAUCCAGACUUGGUGGCGAGGUAUUCUCGCUCGGCGGUUCGUGCUUACUGUUCGCAAAGAGGCUGCUGCUCUCCGGUUUCAAUGCGCAGCGAGGGCUUUCAUCCAGAGGCAGAGAUUUGUGUCGGUUCGGCGUUCUGUUAUCAAGCUGCAAAGCCAUAUCCGUGGCUCCCGGGAGAGGGCUCGGGUGCAGGCAGAGCGAAUUACGCGAGCCGCAACGCUCCUACAGUCUCUGUUCCGUGGGGUUCUUACUAGAAGGUCUUACCGUUCAGAUGUGAAGCAUGUCAUCUGGAUGCAGUCCUGCAUACGCCGUCGUUACGCUCGCCGUGAACUUAAAGCACUGAGAGCGGAAGCACGGUCAGCAUCCAAGUUCAAGGAGAUAUCUUACAAGCUCGAAAACAAAGUCGUUGAGCUCACUCAAGUAUUGCAAACCCGCACAAACGAGAAGAAGGAGCUUUCAUCACGCCUUGUCGAGCUUGAGCGCCAGUUGCAGACCUGGAUGAACAAGCACGAGGAGAUGGACAAUAAGGCUAAACAGCUUCAGAACGAGAUCCAGACUGCGCACGUACCGAAGUCACAGUUUGAGGAGCUUUUGGCGGCCAAGCAGGGUCUAGAUGCACGCCUGGGGGAGUCCACUCAGAAGAUUGCCAGCCAGGAAGAAGAAAUCAAGAAUCUCACAGCGGAACUGGAGCGUCAAGUACAAGAGAUGGAACAGAAGUCGAAGGCGGCAGCGGAGGAGAUGGCGGCAGCUGUAAAAGCAGCGGAGAAAGGGCCAUCUUAUGCUUCACUCAAAGCCGAGCUUAUGCAGCUACGAGACCAACUCAACCGCUCGAACGCGCUCAAUGCGCUCACGAAAUCCGCUCGCGAACCCACCUCACCAGGCUUGAAGACUUUCGACACUCAGCAGAACGUGCUUAUUACCCCCACCUCAGCUAAUGGAUUUGUUGGGAGACAUCAAAGGCGCCACAGUUCCGCGGCUGCGUACGGGAGCUCUCAAGAUGCUGCCUUCCGCGAGGCGCCAGACGUUCCUGUCGGGUUCUCGCGAAGCCAGAAUCCAAAGGCUGUGUCUAUCGCCUUUAACGGUGUUGAUGGUCUUCGAGGCUUCCGGCCCAAUGGAUUGGGUCGUAUUUUUGACGAUCCAGCUGAGGAGAGAGUGAAGCUGCUGGACGAUGCUCAGCAUCUUGACGAGGAUGUCCUUGAUGGUCUGAUCAGAGGCCUCAAGAUUCCCACCCUCAACCUUUCGAAUCCACCCUCCAUCAAAGAGGUUCUCUUUCCUGCGAAUCUCAUUGCCCUUGUCACCAAUGAAAUGUGGAAGUUUGGCCUCAUCCCUGAAAGUGAACGGUUCCUGGCCAAUGUGAUGCAAACCAUUCAAGCGCACGUUAUGUCUUUCAACCGGGAGGAUGCUAUUAUGCCAGGGAUCUUCUGGCUAUCAAAUGUUCAUGAGCUGCUUUCUUUCAUCUGUAUGGCUGAGAACGACAUGCUUCAAGGGAUCGGUCCUGGUGGCGAAGUCCAUGGGCGCGAGUUUGACUGGGCGGACUAUGAACGUCUGGUUUCUAUCGUCAAGCACGAUUUGGACAGCUUAGAGUACAACAUCUAUCACACUUGGAUGCUCGAGACCAAAAGACAACUAUCCAAGAUGGUCAUCCCUGCUCUUAUUGAGAGUCAAUCGCUGCCAGGUUUCACUACCAACGAUGGGGGAGGCAGGCUAUUUGGCCUUUGGAGAGCUCUGAAGUGCUUCUUCGUGGAAGAGUCUGUCGUUCAGCAGGUUGUUGUUGAACUGCUGAGACUGAUUGGCGUCACGAGCUUCAACGAUCUCCUGAUGCGUCGCAACUUUUGUUCCUGGAAGAGGGCGAUGCAAAUUCAAUACAAUAUCACUCGCAUCGAAGAAUGGUGCAAGUCGCAUGACAUGCCCGAGGGCACUCUCCAACUGGAGCAUUUGAUGCAGGCCACUAAAUUACUGCAGUUGAAAAAGUCGUCUUCGGCGGAUAUUCAGAUUAUAUAUGAUGUUUGCUGGAUCCUUACCCCUCUCCAAAUCCAGCGAAUGUGCAGCAAUUACUACGUCGCGGAUUAUGAGCAUCCCAUAUCUCCCGAAAUCCUCAAAGUUGUCGCGUCUCGAGUCAUUCCCAACGACAAGACUGACCACCUAUUGCUCUCGCCAGAAACAGAAGACGUUGGUCCAUACGAGAUCCCUCUCCCCCGUGAAAUUGCCGGCCUUGAAACAUAUGUGCCUGCGUACCUUAACGUUCCUCACAUUCGACGUCUUGCCAGUCUGGUAGAGUGAGGCAUUUCUUUCUACUUUGUAAUCUUUGGUUUUGCUGCGUCCUACCUUACGUAAUAUUCUCUUUCCCCGUAUUGGUCUAUAAUGCAUUGUUAUUAUUUCUUUUGCUGG